AUGGCGAGAAGAAAAGGAGAAAGAAAGAUUCUGAGACGAUGCAGAACCGUAUCCCAACUGCUACUUAUACUCCCGCUUCUUCAAACUCCGAUUCCCUUGCUUCAUUGCAACUCCAAAAUGAGCUUCACAGACACAGAGAGAGCGUCCUGUGGAAUCAGCACCAGUGUUAAAAAACCAUGUUCGCUUUCCCACGAACCCCCUUUUAGUUACCGUUGUUUAGCAUCUCUCAAAACCCUAACACCUCACAUCACUUGUCUCGCCGUCCACCGGAACCUUCUGUACGCCGCUUCACUUAAUGUAAUCAACGUCUUCCAUGUUUCUCACUACACUCACACAGACGCAUUCAACGACAACCCCGCCUCAGGAUUCGUCAAGUCCCUUGCCUUCUGCGAUUCCAAGAUCUUCACCGCUCAUCAAGACUGCAAGAUUCGCGUGUGGUCCAUCUCUCCCUCCAAACGACACCGUCUCCUCUGCACCCUUCCCACCGUCAAGGACCAGCUCCGUCGUUUCAUGCUUCCCAAGAACUACGUCAGCGUUCGCCGCCACAAGAGGAGGCUGUGGAUUCAGCACUGCGAUACGGUGUCGGGUUUGGCCGUGAACGAAGGGCUCAUGUACUCGGUUUCUUGGGAUAGGAGCUUAAAGAUCUGGGACGUGUCCGAUUACCUGUGCAUGGAGUCCAUGAAGGCACACGAAGACGCCAUCAACGCCGUCGCCGUCUCGGGGAACGGAACGGUGUACACUGCUUCGGCCGACGGGAGCAUCAGGGUCUGGGAGAGGGAUGAGAAGGUGAAAAGGUACAGACUGGUGAACAGUCUAGAGAAGAAGAAAUCAACCGUGAAUGCACUGGCGUUGAACGGCGACGGUACGGUGCUGUUCGCGGGGGGUUGUGACAGUAAGAUUUCGGUGUGGGAGAGGAAGCAGGAGACGAACGACGUCGUGUUGUUGGAAACCCUUCGGGGUCACAGCGGGGCAAUCCUGUGCUUAAUCAACGUGGAAGGAUCGUGGAUCGCGAGUGGAUCAGCAGAUCAGACGGUGAGGAUUUGGGGAAAGGAAAGGGGAGGUGGGUACGGUUGCAAAGCAGUGUUGGAAGGUCAUGAGAAGCCGGUGAAGUCAGUGGUGGCAUUUUCAGGCGGCGAGGAUGCGGGAAACGGCGUCGUCACAGUCUGUAGCGGAAGCCUUGACGGGGAUAUCAGAGUGUGGGAGUUAUUGGGUUUGAAUACUCCACCUUGAAAAUCAAAUACAGGAGGUCUUCCUAUAAUAUGAAAGCGAUGCUAUAGGGAAUAUGGGUAUGAAAAUUAUAGCAACAAGGGAGCAUUAUUAAAUAAAUGGGUCAAUAAUAUGAGAACGUGAUGAUGUAUAUAUAG